ACACAUAUUCGACACAUAUGUCAACAAUUCUUGUUUAGAACAAAACUGGUGAAUAUGAGGACACAAGCAUUUGAACUAUGUGAAUACUUGCUACUCCAGGUACAAAUUGUCAAAAAUAAAAUAAAAUUGGGGGAUUUGUUUUUUGAGGGAACGCAUUGUCAAUUUUCAGAAUAUAAUGCAACUCCAAGACAAGUAUAAUCUCCAUCUCAGAACCCUUUCUUUGUCCAAAUGUGCAGGCGCUGCCGGAUGAUUAAACCAACCUUCUUGGCUUCACAUGGAAAGGUUGGAGAACAAGAUGAUAGGGAUAUGUACACUCAAGUGCUAGAUAUUUCUCCCUGCAUCUUCACCAAGUAAGCAUGUACCCCACCAUCGCUGCCACUUCAGAGACCAGAGGAGUUGUUUGGUGUCGCCGAGUCUGCGCCACUGCCUGCGUCCAUCUUCCUCGACCUUCCCUGAUGUCCCACAGUGACUCAAAGAAGCCACAGGAUGGCCUGUCCCUGGCACACAUCUCACGCAUGAUGAUGGAGGAUGACAUCGUCGACAAGUUCUCCUACCAGUACCCUGAUCACCUGAAGCUCCUGCAGGCCGAGCAACCCUUCGCCCACAUUCUCACUGCCACUGCCUCCACCUCACCUGAUGUUGAGGAGUCGACGGCACCCAAUACGAUUUCCUCUGCCUUACUGCCCAACAAGGUACAUGAUCCAGCCUUCGUCUCGAAUGGCACAGGAGUAGUGGAGUCCAUUAGUAUCUUGUUUCCCUAUGAGAGCAGCAUCAACGUGAACAGGAUGUCGAGCAUGGCAUUCUUCAAAGGCAUGGAGGAGGCCAAAAUGUUCUUGCCCAGAGACAAUGCAAUGUUGGAUGGUAGGGGGCGUAAGAACCGGUUUGACAUGGAUGGUGAGAUGGAGGCGGGCAUGGGCAGGAGCAGGAAGCAAAUAGCGGUGCAUACCGACUUGGAGGAGGAAGCCACUACGCUCGCAAUGUUGGAUCGGCUCAUUCUUAAUACCUACGACCUGUACCCCAGCGAGAUGCAGGAGGUACAUGUCACUAUAAAUAGGGAGAACAAAGCUGCACAGAAGAGCAUCUGCCGGCGUGGGAGGCGUGGAGCGAGGCAGACCAUGGUGACUGGCCUAGAAACGUUGCUGACCCGCUGCGCAGAAGCAGUGUCGAACAACGACCGGCGCAACGCGAGCGAGCUGCUGGAACGGAUCAAGCAGCACUCCUCACCGAAGGGGGACGCUAGGCAGCGACUGGCACAUUACUUCGCAAAGGGUCUGGAGGCACGGCUGGCUGGCACCGGGAGCCAUCUAUAUCGCUCACUCAUGGGGACACACAACUGCACAGUGGAGCUCAUGAAAGCCUACCAUCUGUAUGUCACGACCAGCUGCUUCUUUAAGAUGGCGGUUCUCUUUUCCAACAAAACCAUCUACAACGCCGUUGCAGGGAGGAAGAAAUUGCACAUUGUGCACUACGGUAUUGACACAGGGUCCCAGUGGCCAAAGUUGAUUCGGUGGCUGGCAAGCAGGGAGGGCGGGCCACCGGAGGUGAGGAUCACCAACAUUAACACACCGCGUCCCAAAUGCCGUCUGUCUGAGAAAAUCGAGGAGCCAGACCGCCGGCUCAGCAAUUACGCAAGCAACUUCGGUGUGUCAUUCAAGUUCCACGCAAUCGCAGCCAAGCCGGAGGCUGUCCAAGCAGAGGACCUCCAAAUUGAUCCCGAUGAGGUGCUCGUCGUAAGCAGCCUAUUCCAGUCCAGGCUCUUGAUGGACGAGACCCUCACCUUUGGCGGGGUAAACCCAAGGGACAUGGUGCUCAACACUAUCAGGAAGAUGAAGCCAUCCGUGUUCAUCCAUGCUGUCGUCAAUGGAUCAUAUAGCGCAGCAUUCUUCAUGACGCGGUUCCGCCAGGUGCUUUACUACUUCAUGACAUUGUUCGAUGUGAUCGAGACUACCAUUCCGCAGGACAACGACAAGAGACUGCUUGUAGAGCGGGACAUUUUUGCUCAGUGUGCCAUGAACAUUAUCGCCUGUGAAGGUGCAAACCGGGUGGAGCGCCCUCAGAACUACAGGGAGUGGCAGGCACGGAAUCAGCGUGCAGGGCUGAGGCAACUACCAUUGGAUCCUAAUAUCGUUCUUAUGCUCAAGGACGAAGUGAAGGAACACUGCCACAAGCAUUUCAUGAUCAACGAGGAUCACCAGUGGCUUCUGCAAGGAUGGAAAGGCCGGGUCCUCUACGCCCUCUCGACAUGGGCAGCUGAUAAUUCUAGUGGUUCCAAAAUUGCAUAAAUAGAUAGAACUCCAUGCCUGGUGGGACAAGCUGACUAUUGUUCCGAAGAAAGACGUCGUGGCUCAGAAGGACAUAAAUUGGCGUCAUAUGCGAUUUGGAACAUUUGGAAAGAGAGGAAUAGAAGGAUUGUUGAAGGAAAAAAUUUAUCGACGCGAAAUUAAUCUAUGGUUCUUGAUCAAGGAGGAGAAUGAAGAGUUCAGUAGGGUGCUCGAUAGAUAGCUUGAGUUGUGUACAACCGAGCUAUUUCGGUAGCAUCAGGUUUUUGUUUUUUCUGUUCGUUUUGGUUGUCUUGUAAGUUGUAUGGUUUCACUCUUCUUAAUGGAACGACAGAGCUCCUAUCUUUUCCGUAAAAGAAAAGAUAGAACUCCAUGCUAAUCUUC